UGCUUCAACCUUGCCAGUAUUGUGCCCUUUCCUGAUAUUUUUUAUCUUUUUGGGCUCUCUGGCGAACAUAAUUGUCUGCCUGUCUGCUAGGAGCGCUGACGCAUGUUUUCUGCGUCCUCAAUUCGCGGCGUGCGAGUUUCUCCCCCGAUUGCUCCCUUCCCCUGCGGCCCUUGGUUGCGUCGUGUGAAGUUUGGUCUGUCUGGGACAAGCCAGCGAGCGGCGUGAACCCGAGGCGGAGUCGCCGAUUCGGGACGCUGAUUCGGAGAUCAUGUAGCUCGCAGCGAGCCCGGGCAGACGCUUUCGUGAUUAUCUCAGCGUAGGAACCGGCUCGCAUUAGCAACGUUCUCGCAAACGAGCCCGUUCGCGUUCCAUGACUUCCCUACUCGUUCACACGUUAACAGAAGAUGACAGUAUUAGAAACGGAGGAAGACGCAGAUAAACGCUCGGUUCCUCCCAGAAAGAAGUUCUGCCUGUCCCUGUCUGGUCGCGGACGUGCAAUUCCCAUCGUCGUCCCGCAGCCCCCUCUUACAUCCACACGAGGGGGCCUUCUGGAUAGAACAGAUUUUUCAUUUAGUACAAGCAAAAUGUUGAAUGGCUAUCGAAAUCAGCUGAGCAAUCACCAGGAUGGAAGUUACGACAUGCCUGGUACCAAUACGGAAGGAUUGAAGAUAGCUACUUUAUGCAAUCUAGGAAAUACUUGCUUCCUCAAUAGUGUAUUAUAUACUUUAAGAUUUGCGCCUUCCUUUCUACAUAAUUUACAUCAUCUAGCCACUGAUUUGUCUAAUCUAAAUGAGAAGCAACUUCAGACAAAAGCCAAAUCUUCCUCAUUAGGUAGAACCGGUGUAUCACUAACAUCGAGUAGUAGUCGUAGCUGGAGCAGUAAAGAUCUAUUGGCAUUAGCAGGUUCUACAACGGAAGCCAGUAAACCACGUAUUCAAAUAGCCACAGAGAGAUUGCAUGAGCUUUUUAUGGCACUGCGAGCAUCGGAAGUGAGAGAGAACAGCGAACCUUAUCAACCUGAUGCCUUUUUACAAGCUCUUAGAGAAGUAAAUCCAAUAUUUGAGGGAAAUCAACAGCAGGAUGCUCAUGAACUUCUGGUCUGCUUGCUCGACAACAUAAGAGAGACUUUCCAGUUGUUGGUCAGACACAGAGAGAGCCAAUUUGGUCAGAGUAAUGGCAGCUUCCCCGAACUUCCCGCAAAUCACUCGUCGACAGACGCGCAAUCAGAGAGUGGCUACAGUUCUGGGAAAAGUAGCAUUCGUAAGUCCAGGAAGAAGAAGAAGAUUACAAGCAGGAAGAGUUCGGCGUCUCUCGCGCAGUCAAAUGCGAACGGCAUCGUGGGAUCAUCGAGAUUAUAUGAAAACGGUCAUGCAGAGUUUGCUGAGAUUAACGGCGAAAUAGGGAUGCACAAGCCUGAGAGCAAAAAGUGUUUUAUCUCGGAGGACUUUGAGGGUGUCAGCCUAUUGCGCACGACAUGUCUCGAGUGCGAACAUGUAACGGAACGAAAGGAGACGUUCUGCGAUAUAUGCGUACCCAUUGAUAUCGAUCGUUCGAAUGAGGAAGAUGAUGAUAGCUUUACAGAUGAAUUGGUGGAUAGCAGUGAAGUAUACAAACGCGCAGUAGUGACUAGUGAAUUGCUUUGGGGUAGGGAUAAAUACUGGUGUGCACGGUGCCUACGAUAUAAUGAGGCUCGCAGAGCUGUAUGUUUUCCUUCUUUACCCAGGCUCCUUAUCUUGCAGUUGAAGAGAUUUUCCACUGCUGCUGGUUCGAUGGAGAAAAUUAAUAAUCAUAUGCCAACGCCGCUUACCUUGCAAUGUUUCUGUGAAGAGUGCACUAAUGAUGAGACCCAUGGGACAGCAGCUGGUGGUAGCACGGAGACGCGACACGUGUACAAAUUAUAUUCUGUUAUAAUGCAUCAAGGUGCAACGAUGACCGCUGGGCAUUACGUCGCUUACACGCGUUUACCCGACGAACCUGCGUACGCGGAGUAUUCCCAAUGCGAUCGCGACAAUAAGCGGCAAAACUCGAGUCAGACGGGCGCCACGAGCGCGAGCUCGUCGUCGUCGUCUUCCUCCUCCUCUGAAAAACCGACGGGUAUACUCAGGUACUUCAGGAAGCCCAGCGCGAACGAAAACAAGGAACAGCCGGUGAAUAGAGUUGGCUGUCGUAGCAUGGAUUGUUGCGGUAUCAGGAGAAAUAAACAGGGCGCCACUUGGCUGGAGUGCGACGAUGAGGCGGUACACGUGAUCCCGUUGCGAGAACUCGAAGACAAAUUGGCGCCUAAUGCGCGAAAUUCCGCUACCCCUUAUCUCUUGUUCUACGUAAGGUCGACGACAUAAGCCGCUAUUUUUCGUCUCCUUCCCUCCCCCCCUCCCCCCAUCUACCCGCUUUCUUCCGCGUCGGAAGUUUAAUAUCAAAAUGUCUUCUUUGGAAUUCCAAGUGAGACAGCAGCGAGCACACAAUGACAAAAACGGGCCUCGUUCUUCCCUUUGCCCUUUUAUUUUUCCUCCUCUUCUCUCUUUUUUCAUAUUUCCCAACGAUCGCGCUGUGAUGUAUCGCACAUUCCAGAUAUACUCGAGUUUUUCCUUCAUGUAUACGUACUGCAUCAGGCUUUAGAGACAUGAGCGUCUAUUAUUAUUUAUUUUCGUAGAGAAUAAAAUUGUAUAUCGCCAAUCAUAUUAUAUCUGUUAAAGCCUCGUCGAUCGGACGGUAUACGACGAAUCGACCUCUGUACAUGUAACAAAAAAGAAAAAAAAAACACCGUUGAGCUCGAUAUAACGAAAUACAGAACGAGCGUCGCGACUCUGCGCGUUAGCCUUAGCCUUAGUUGGGACGUGGAACGUUUUAUUAUUGAGUUAUCUGUAAAAUAAUAAAAAAAAAAUUAUGUAUUCUUGACACA